AUGCACUUUGAUAAAUCACCAAAGGAGAAGCCGUGUUGCACUCUGCCCACAGUGAAGAAACUCUUGGAGGAGAAGAGGAGGCGUGAGUCAUCGCCUGUGCCAACGUCCUGCUCUGCAGCGAGCACAAGUCCUGGUCCCUCAAACACUGUGACACAGUUGUCCUCGUCAGAAGUAUUUACCUGUACAGGUGCAUCAUCAAGCAGCUACUCAGACAUGGCAGUGAGCUUUGAGCCGUGGACCUCAGCCCCAGAACCAACACUCGGUUUCUAUGGCAACGAUCCAGGACCCAGCUACACUCCAGCCUUCAGCCUCCCCAUGUCGUCAGAAUACAGCACACAGCAGCAGCUCUCUGGAUUUGCAGACACAAUGACAUAUGAUUGCCAGAUGCCUGUAGCAGAACCCACUUCAUCUUGGUCACCUCUGGGUCUGAGUCAGAACACGCAGAUGAGUUUCGGUUCGUCGAUGGAUGCCACCAAACUGGAAGAGGCCAGGAUGCUGCUCAGCGGGAUGGAUUACAGCAGAACCACCGGGCAGGACGAAGACGGAGACACCAUCCUGCACAUCUACACUGCCAAGGGACUCAGGGAGUGUGCCUUUGCUGCUGCAGAGCGGCUGAGGGAUGUGGGGAGGCUGGACGCCAAAGAACACAAGGGAAAGACUGCCUUACUGGUGGCAGUGACUGCAAACCAGCCAGAGAUUGUACAAGAUUUACUGUCACUGGGAGCGGAAGUCAAUGCUUGUGAUGUCAAUGGACAAACUGCCCUGCAUCUGGCCGCCCACUAUGGUUUCCCAGAGGUUCUGCAGGCAGUUCUGUUCAGCAGACGUGCUGUCAACCUGGAGGCCUGCAAUUUUGACGGUAUGACUCCUCUGCACUGUGCAGCCAUCUCUCACAGUGCCACCAUGAAGGUUUUGUCCACCACUGGUCUGACGGAUGUUGGUCUUCAAAGCAAGGCAGCGGAGAAGCUCACCUGUGUGCAGAUGCUGCUCAAUAAAGGGGCGUCCUUGUGCAGCCAGGAAAUCAAAAGUAACAAAACUGUGCUGCACUUGGCUGUGAAGGAGGGGAACAUCGAUCUGGUGUGUUAUCUGCUGAGGAUUCCCCUGCCCAACAUCAAAGACUUUGUCAACAUGAAAGCUCAUGGUCACACAGCUUUACACAUGGCCGCUGGUCUCCAUGGUAACCCCCACCAGGAGGAAAUCCUGCGGCUGCUGCUGAGGAGAGGAGCUGAUCCCAGCAUCCGCAACCUGGAAAACGACCAGCCGGCUCACCUGCUGCAGAGCGGCCCCCAGGGAGAGCAGCUCAAGCUGCUGCUGAAGAAACGGAGCGCCUCAUCCCGUCGACGCUACAUGUCCUUGCAGGACCAGGAAUGA